AAUUUACAAUUCACUGGCUGAAGCUGAAUUACAUUUAAUUGAUCCACCUUUCUUGUCGUCUAUGCAUUCUCCUUAAGAAAAGUUAAAACCUUCUCUCACUCUCGAUUUGGGAAGUUCCAUCCACCUUGUUUCUUCCCACUCCACCUUUUUCUUUCUCUUCUCCUUCUCUACUUCUCCAUUUCUCCUCCACAUAUCAUUAGUCAAUCAAGUUUAGCUUUUGUAAUCUGCAACCCAUCUUCUGCAGGACCAAACUUCUUUUUGUUCCCUUUUCUUCUUUUUGCAUCACUCCGUCCCUUUUCUUCUUUUAAACUGCAGGACAAGUGUUUUACUUAGUGUCUCCAACAACUAAUUACCAAAGAUGAAUGACGAUGAAGCUUGAUGAGAGGAGGAGGAGAGGCUUUUCUUCUGAAUCUCAAACUUUGCGAUCUCAAGACAUUAACGCCCGUUCAUUAUAAGGAGCUGUUGGACUUGGAUCUGUUCUGGAUAAUCUACCAUGACAAAGAUGAAGGGGAUCUAUAAGGGGUUCAAGUACCUCUCCCAAAUCUUUGACGAGAAAUGGGUUUGCUUUUCAGUCGGCAAGGACCGUGAUAUGGAGAUUGGGUACCCAACAGAUGUUAAACAUGUUGCACACAUUGGGUGGGAUAGCCAUUCUUCCAAUGCACCCAGCUGGAUGAACAAAUUCAAGACUUCAUCAGAUUUCUCAGCUACGUCUCUAAGCAAAAUUAGUGACCCAAGGGAUCCCAAUCUCAGUGCUGUUUCAACUUGGUCUUCUCAAGAUUUCGAACGAUCUAUGGGACCUCAACAGGCUUCUCAAAUGACCAACGACAAGAAACACCGGAAGAAGACCAAGUCGACGUCCUCGUCAUCCUCAAGGUCGUCAAGAAAAUAAAAUCCUCUUCAUUUGCUGGCACGCUAACGGCUAACCUAAGUGGAGACUGCACCUAAUCAUCAAGGAUUAAUAUUCUAGCCGUGUAACAUGAAGUUGGGGCAAUACAAAAGCUUUUAGAAAAAACAAAACAUUGGAAUGUAGAAAGAAGGGGGUGAUGAAUUCCCCCAGUUGCGCUUGGGAUGUUCACUCUCAAGGGCAGAAAGAAGAAGGUUGAGUGGUUGGAUGAUAGUUUUUCAUUCCCGUGUAAAGCAAAAAAGUUUGUUUUUUUUUGCUUCACUUGUACUUAGUUUAGAUUUAAUAUAUAGCUAAAACAAUGAAAAUAAGAAUUUGGUAUGGUAAAGAGAUGAAGAGGGUUAUGUUUGAACCAACGUAGCUUAAUUAAACGAGAGGGUUAUGUCUGAACAGAGAAACAUGGAUAGAGUCAAAGUAGGAAGAAAGAUGGAUAUUUUAUCAUCUUGAUCUUUUAAAUCCUAUAGUCAAAAUUAUAGAAAUUCUGUUGUGACUUGUAAGAGUCACCAUUUGUGAGAUCCAUUUAAUUGGAUGGUCGUGAUUGAUAAUGACCUACACCCCUUGCAUAUUAUAGAUCAAUAAGACUCUUAGCCCCAAGGCUAUACAUUGAAUA